GUGGCUUUAUCUCUGACACUGUACUGGAUAACUAGAAUGCUGUGACACUAACACACUUUAUCGGUAGUUUUGUUUUUUUAUUUCUACAUUAGAAUAUGUUAAUGCACACCUUCAGACCGGUUGUGGCUUUUCUUCGUAGCAGGAGCGCUAUAUCGAGACUUUACCAUGCAGAGAAAGUGGCGACACUGGGCUCCCAGCCAGACUCGCAGUCUCCCGAUUAUCAGGAAAACUAUGAACGUAUGCAAGCUCUUGUUAAGCAGCUGAAAGACAGAGCAGAAAAGAUAAAGCUGGGUGGAGGAGAGAAAGCUAGAAAUCUGCACACAUCCCGAGGAAAGCUUUUGCCUCGGGAGCGCAUUGACAAGCUGCUGGACCCGGGCUCUCCAUUUCUGGAGUUGUCGCAGUUUGCUGCGUAUGAGCUCUACAGUAAUGAGGAAGUGCCUGCUGGAGGAAUCAUCACUGGCAUUGGCAGAGUGUCUGGGGUGGAGUGUGUUAUAGUUGCAAAUGAUGCCACUGUCAAAGGAGGCACCUAUUAUCCAGUUACUGUGAAGAAGCACCUUCGUGCUCAGGAAAUUGCACACCAGAACCACUUGCCAUGUAUAUAUUUGGUGGAUUCUGGAGGGGCGAACCUACCCCGACAGGCUGAUGUGUUUCCUGAUAGAGAUCACUUUGGACGCAUCUUCUUCAACCAGGCACGCAUGUCCUCAGACGGCAUUGCACAGAUUGCUGUAGUGAUGGGCUCUUGUACAGCAGGGGGCGCCUAUGUCCCCGCCAUGGCAGACGAAAGCAUCAUUGUGCGCAAACAGGGGACCAUUUUUCUUGGAGGACCUCCACUUGUAAAAGCUGCUACUGGUGAGGAAGUCUCUGCUGAAGAACUUGGAGGUGCUGACCUUCACUGCAGUAAAUCUGGUGUAACUGAUCACUACGCCUUAGAUGAUGAUCAUGCUCUUCACCUAGCCAGGAAAGCAGUGCGCAACCUGAACUACCAGAAAAAACUCUCUGUCACUGUGGAACCUCCUGAGGCACCGUUGUUCCCAGCAGAUGAACUUUAUGGCAUUGUGGGGGAGAUUAAACGAAACUUUGACGUGAAGGAGGUGAUCGCUCGGGUAGCUGACGGCAGUAAAUUUGACGAAUUUAAGGCGUUUUAUGGGGACACACUAGUAACUGGCUUUGCACGGAUAUUCGGUUAUCCAGUCGGGAUCAUUGGCAAUAAUGGAGUCCUGUUCUCAGAAUCUGCUAAGAAAGGGACUCAUUUUAUUGAGCUGUGCUGUCAAAGGAACAUUCCCCUGAUCUUCCUCCAGAACAUCACAGGUUUUAUGGUUGGGAGAGAGUACGAGGCAGGUGGCAUUGCUAAGGACGGGGCUAAGAUGGUGACUGCUGUGGCCUGUGCUAAUGUGCCCAAGUUCACUGUAAUCAUCGGAGGAUCCUACGGGGCGGGAAACUAUGGCAUGUGUGGAAGAGCAUACAGUCCCCGAUUCCUGUACACGUGGCCGAACGCACGCAUCUCAGUGAUGGGAGGAGAGCAAGCAGCCAAUGUUCUGGCCACCAUCACAAAAGAUCAGAAAGCCAGAGAAGGGAAACAGCUCACAGCAGAACAGGAGGCGGCUUUGAAGGAGCCAAUAAUCAAACGAUUUGAGGAGGAGGGAAAUCCAUAUUAUUCCAGUGCCAGACUAUGGGAUGAUGGAAUCAUCGACCCCGCUGACACACGCCUCGUCCUAGGACUCAGUCUGAGCGCCGCACUUAAUGCCCCCGCACAGAAGACUCGCUUCGGCAUCUUCAGGAUGUGAAGCUGCACAUUUGUUCGGUUCUUUGUCAAUUCUGAAGAGACCGUAAUGGUUUUGUUUGUCAAUGUUACGGUUUUUUUUUUUUUUUUAACUGCUUGGUCCGAGCAGUAAAAGGAUUGAAACUAUAAAUUGAGUAGUCUCUCUUUAAUUUCUGAAAUAAUUGUAUGCAUUCUAUAAUAAUAAGCUAAUUAUUAUAAAUCAUGUAUGACAUUAACGAGCUGCUUUUUACCACCAAGCAAGUUUUAACAGGCACAGUUGGAUUAUUUGACAUCUUAUUACAAGUUCAUUACAAAAUACAAUGAUUGCUGUACAUGGUAUAAAAUAUAAUAAGGCUACUUUACAAGUCCUAAUGGUGCAUUAAAGUCAGUCUUAUGCCUGUAUUCCCACUUUGUGCACUGAGACGAAGUGAUCAUAUCCAGAGAGGAUCAGAAACCGCAGAUGUGUUGCAUUUGAGCAGUCAAGCUGGAGAAAAAACAUCAUAUGUAUUGAGUGUAUCUCUUAUAGGCAUGACAGAACAGCAAUUAGGGAAAAAAUAAUAAACUCACUGAAAUUUCA